GAGCCGGAAACAGCAGAAGAAGAGGGUGAAACACUUCCUGUUUGUUUCGGCGUGUGAAGCUCAGAGAGAAGUUAGCCUCAGUUAGCUUCAGCUCACAGCUCGAUUCUUCAUUAAAGUAGAUUAACAGCCGCAGAGAUGGCGAGAAACGCUGAGAAGGCCAUGACGGCGCUGGCCCGAUUCAGACAGGCUCAGCUCGAGGAGGGAAAAGUCAAGGAAAGGAGACCAUUUCUGGCAUCAGAGUGCAGUGAACUUCCUAAAGCUGAGAAAUGGAGACGACAGAUCAUCAGUGAGAUCUCAAAGAAGGUGGCUCAGAUCCAGAAUGCUGGUCUCGGGGAGUUCAGGAUUCGGGACCUGAAUGAUGAGAUCAACAAGCUGCUGAGAGAGAAAGGCCACUGGGAGGUUCGGAUCAAAGAGCUGGGUGGACCUGACUACGCUCGGGUCGGUCCGAGGAUGUUGGAUCAUGAGGGGAAGGAGGUUCCUGGUAAUCGAGGAUAUAAAUACUUUGGAGCAGCCAGAGACCUUCCUGGAGUCAGAGAGCUGUUUGAGAAGGAGCCUGCCCCGGCACUGAGGAAGACGAGGGCAGAGCUGAUGAAGGAUGUGGACGCAGAGUAUUACGGCUACAGGGACGAAGAUGAUGGAGUGCUGCUUCCUCUGGAGACCCAGUAUGAGAAGCAAGCUGUGAUGGAGGCGGUGCAGAAGUGGCGGUCAGAAAAGGAGUCUCGUCUGUCAGGAGAGAAGCAGCAGGAGGAGGACGAGGAGGAGGAGAGCAUCUACACCAUCCACAACCAAGAGGCCGAUGAUGAUGAGAGCCAGGAGGAGCAGGAUGGAGAGGAAGGCGGAGUCACCUUCAUCGCACAUGUACCUGUUCCCUCACAGAGAGAGGUGGAGGAGGCACUGGUCAGGAGGAAGAAGAUGGAACUGUUACAGCGUUACGCCAGUGAGACUCUUCAAGCUCAGAGUCAGACAGCCAAAACUCUGUUGGGACUAUAACAUCUGUCUACCUGUCUGUCUGAUGUACAUUUAGUUUUUCUACUCGACAUGUUUCUUAUUAAAAUGUUGCUCAGCUCA